GCUUCUCCGUGGCUAGCUUGACCCUGUUGUUCAGUCUGGGAAUUCACACACACAACUACUUCGGAGGGGAAUGCAGCGCUCUUAGCCAACCAUACUUGACUCUCAAUGCAUUGCUCCCAGUACAAUCCCAGUCCACACACCAUGGCUGGCUUCAGGCAAGAGGAUGUUGAGUUGUAUUAUGAGAUGGGAGAGGAGCUGGGCAGCGGACAGUUUGCCAUUGUUCGUAAGUGUAAGGAGAAGAGCUCUGGUGUGGAGUACGCAGCCAAGUUCAUCAAGAAGAGGCGGCUGUCGUCCAGCCGGCGGGGGGUGAGCCGCGAAGAGAUCGAGCGUGAGGUCAACAUCCUGCGGGAGAUCCAGCACAGCAACAUCAUCACCCUGCACGACAUCUUCGAAAACAAGACGGACGUGAUCCUGAUCCUGGAGCUGGUGUCCGGAGGGGAGCUCUUUGACUUCCUGGCCGAGAAGGAAUCGCUGACGGAGGAGGAAGCCACCCAGUUUCUCAAGCAGAUCCUGGACGGCGUUCAGUAUCUGCACUCCAAACGCAUCGCUCACUUCGACCUCAAGCCCGAGAAUAUCAUGCUGCUGGACAAGAACGUCCCCAAUCCCCGGAUCAAGCUGAUUGACUUUGGGAUUGCUCAUCAGAUUAAAGAGGGAAAUGAGUUCAAGAACAUUUUUGGAACGCCAGAGUUUGUUGCGCCUGAAAUAGUCAACUAUGAGCCGCUCGGACUGGAGGCAGACAUGUGGAGCAUCGGCGUGAUCACGUACAUUCUGUUGAGCGGUGCCUCACCAUUUCUGGGCGAGACCAAGCAGGAGACCCUGACAAACAUCUCAGCUGUCAACUAUGACUUUGAUGAGGAGUAUUUCAGCAACACCAGUGAGCUGGCUAAGGACUUCAUACGCCGCCUGCUGGUCAAGGAUCCCAAGAAGAGAAUGACAAUUGAUGACAGUCUUGAGCACCCCUGGAUUAAGGUGAUUAAGAGGCGAAAUGUCCGCCAGGAGGACAGAGACCACAAGCCUGAGCGCCGGCGCCUGAAGACCACUCGUUUGAAGGAGUACACCAUCAAGUCCCACUCCAGCAUGCCACCCAACAACACUUACAUCAACUUCGAGCGCUUCUCCCAGGUCCUGGAGGAGAUUACGGCAGCAGAGGAAGGCCUGAGGGAGCUGGAGCGCAAUCAGCGCUCGUGCCGGGAGGACGUGGCGGCGCUGCUGUCCAUCUAUGAGGAGAAGGAGGGUUGGUACAAGGAGGAGAACCACAGCAUCUCCAGCGACCUGACCCACAUCCGCCAAGAGCUGCAGCGCACUCAAGCCCAGCGCAAGAAGUGCCAGGAGGACACCCGGGCCACCAUGCAGGCCGCCAACAUCCUCAAGCGCAAGUUUGGGCGCCUGGAAAACCGCUACGACGUCCUGGCUGAGCAGGUGGCCUCUGAGGUCCGCUGGGUGGAGGAGCUGGUCAAGUCUAUAUCUGUAGAGAAGGACGGCCUCGGCUCUGGCAGCAUGCCCUGAGCCAGGGUGACGCCCAGCAAUGACACUUUGAUUCUCAAGUAUUGUCCUGCCCGUCUCCUCUGCAUGUGUCCUGCACUGUGGAGCUUGAGUGGGUCAGUUGUCAUCGUAAGCUGCUGCUGCUGCCCAUUGGGGAAAAAUGUUCCACCCUUUUUAGGUCACGCUUGAGAGAACCAGCAAGAAGCAGAGAGGCAAUAUGUUGAACCCAUUUCCCCAUGAAAAGGCUCAUUCCUGUGUUUUUAUACAUUUAUUUAUGAUUUUAGAGAUUUUAUGUACUGUCAUUGCCUGCCAUGCAUCACGGUUUACACAAUUAUUUGAUAACUAUUUGGUUUUUUUUUGUUGCAGCCGUCAGUAUUGCAGAUGGAAAAUACAUUCAUUAAUUUUGUUUAGAAACUAAUGUACAUCUGGAUUUUCUAGUGCUGUAAAAGCCUCUUGCCUCAGGUUGUUGGCCAGUUAUGUGAGAAAGCUUAUAGUGUCAGGUUUGCACAGACUUCAGGGGUAUUUAUUUAUCCACUUACAUUUCGGAUUCGAUUGGAGCCAACAUUAGUGUGAUUAGUGUCGAUUAUCUAGGAUGCAGCAUAGAAAAAAAUUUAAGAUUUAUUUUACGGGUCUGUGAUUUCUUGAAUGUUUCCCGGGGAGAACCGGUAGCUUGUUUCUUAUUACAGAUCUAUUUUACCUGUAAUAACAGACAGAGAGUUCUGAGACUGUAAUUUUAGUUAGUUUAAUUAGUUGUGUCGAGUUCAUUAUUGACCUUGAGGAAUUUCCAUGAAUGAAAUGGCUCCAUUUAAAUCUAAGUAAAUAUUUAAUUCGUCACUCGUUCAUUAUUAGAAACUUUACUCCUCAUAUAUGCAGAAUUGUAUUUUUAUUUUUUUUAUAGACAUUUUGCAUGUUAAGCUCACCUGCUGUCCUCGGAUUGAAAGUCUCAAGGUUGCGCUAGCAUAGCAUUUGGAAUAGUUUGGAAGCGUACCAACCGAUCACUCUCUCCCAUAAUUAGUAUCACAUUACAUGGUUCUUUCCAGGAAACCAUGUAGGAAAUUAAUCUGAACAGACCCAUAAAAUAAAGCGUUACCAGAAGAAUGAUGUAUAAAUUCAUCUUUGCAGUGCCUGUAAACUGAUCAACCUUAUUGCCUCUGCGAGCACUCAUCUGUCAGCGAGUUAAUGACAUUUCUAUCACAGUGAUAUUGCUCUAUGUCUUAAACACAACUUUUGCACAGUAGCCUUGUAAACCAAAUAGUGUGCAUGGAAACUUUCUCUAUAAACUGUAACUCUUAGUGUUUCUGUUUUCAUCCUGACCGUUCCUGCACACUUGAAAACAUUCCAUUGAUGCGUUUCACAUCCAGGCAACACAUUCCCCAUGUAUAGCAUAGAAAGUGUAUGAUAUAGUCAGUAGUAUUUUUCACUAGAGAAAUGUACUCAUUUGCACUUCAAUGCUUAUAGCAAUGUUCCAAAUAUAUAUUUUAAUCUGUCUCUUCCAUGUAAGAAAGAGCUGCAAACUUGUUUCAAAUAAACAAAGUUAUCACUGUUAACAAA